UUACAUAAGGGUACUUUAGUGUAGAUCACAAGGAGAUAAGAACCUGGUACAGGCACUCAGGCAGCCGGGUUACAAAGAUAUAAAGAGAAGGGAAAGCAAGCAAGCACAUUUCAGGAGAUUGAAGCAAUUUUACUGAGAAAAAUCUGACAGGUUGUUAAUUUUUUUUUUUUUUUUUGCUUUCAGCUUCUGGGGAGGAUUUACUCUCAAACAAGAAAUCCAGAAGACAGAAUCCUGGGAGGCAGGUAACAACGCAAGGAGGAGACAAUGGCAGGGACAAGGAAGUAUGCACACUGACUGUGGGCUUGCCGGCCACGCAGGGAGCAACAGUCAACAGUUGUAGUUCUUUGUGUGUGGAAGCAAAUCAAGCUUGAAUGUUGACAGAGCCAGCACCCGGGCGAGCUGCUGAAGUCAGAACUUCGGGGAGAACGACCACACCGGCUUCACUUCUUCAGCCAUUUCACUGCUGAACUCUUUUCUGACUUUCCUUGCCCGAGCGGAGCGGCGUCGAUCAUGGCAGAUGAGAAGGAGUUAUCCUACAAGGAGGCCAUAGAGAAGGCCAGCUCCUCCAUCACUCGCUUCCCUCUCAUCCACAUCAGAGGGAUUCCUCUCAUGUGCCACAUCGCCAACAACUGGGACUCCAUCUGGGCUUUCUGUCCUGACCCGUCAGACCUCCUCAUCGCAACCUACCCCAAAGCAGGGACCACAUGGACUCAGGAGAUAAUUGACCUUCUUCUUCACAACGGAGACGCUGAGGCUUGCAAACGAGCUCCCACCCCGGUCCGGAGUCCGUUCCUAGAAAUCUGCUCUCCACCCCCGAUCCCGUCAGGUCUUGAUCUUCUGAACAAAAUGAACCCUCCAAGACUCAUCAAGACACAUCUUCCUUUUCAGUUGGUGCCUCUAGGAUUUUGGGAAAACAAAUGCAAGGCUAUCUACGUCGCACGCAACGCCAAAGACAACCUGGUGAGCUACUACUACUUCGAUCUGAUGAAUAAGACCCAACCUGAACCAGGACCCUUUGACGACUACAUACACAAGUUUAUGAGAGGAGAGUUGCCCUGGGGCUCCUGGUAUGAUCAUGUGAAAGGUUACUGGGUGGAGCGGGAGGAGAAGAAUAUCCUUUACCUCUUCUACGAGGACAUGAAAGAGAAUCCCCGCCGCGAAGUGGAGCGCAUCAUGAGGUAUCUGGACCUGUCGGUCUCUGAUGAUGUCAUCAACCGGAUCGUAGAGCUCACUUCCUUCAAGAGCAUGAAGGAGAACCCGAUGGCCAACUACUCCUGCGUCCCAUCGCCUGUUUUCGAUCAGUCCAUCUCCCCGUUCAUGAGGAAAGGUGAAGUGGGGGAUUGGAAAAACCAUUUCACACCCGAGCAGUCAAAGAUGUUUGACGAGGAUUACGAAAAGCAACUGAAGGACGUCAACAUACCGUUCAGGAGCCUCAUCUAGAGGAUCUGGAGGGGUUUCUGAAACGAUUUCCUGCAAACCAAAGGCCGACGAACUGACUCUGUUCAGCACAUAAACAGCAGCACUGUCAGCAAAUUUGGCACAAGCUUAAAACCAAAACAAACUAUCAAAAAAAAAAAAGUUUCAACACUGUAAUCACUGCACCUCGUUAUGUCUAAAAGUGAAUAAAUGUGUUCCACAAAAAAAAGUUUUUAAUCGUCACUUUAUUAGAGCUCAUCACGUAAACAAUAAAUAAGACCAGAAGUGCUGUGGCUGAGUGGCCAUUUUAUGCCAUGAGACCUCCAUCAUGGUACCUACGGCGAACACUGGCAGCUGGAGGCGCGUGCGUUUUUAUUGUUUUAUUUUUUUCUGCCCUUAUGAAGUCACUUUUUGGAACCCUACAACACGCUGUACAGAGUCCGGGCCAAGCAGGGAGGCUGCGCGAGACAAAGAGCGACAAAGACUAGAAUAAAAGUACUGAGCUGGAAAGUCAAUCAUAUGAAAAUGGACAGAGGACACAAAAACAACAGCUGAGAAUAUCCAAGAGGUUAACAAAAAAAA